UAUUUAACAUGUUUCAACACACAUGCACAACACGUGGUCAGGUGUUUUAGUUCUCAAACCUUCUAAAAAAUCAUUAUUUCUGUAUGAAGUGCAUAUUUAAAAAGUAUAAGAAUAAACUUGUGACAUCCGAAAUACGUCCACGCGUGUCGCACACGUUCUCGGAUCUCCAAAAUGCCGCAAAGCAAGAUAUUUCUCCGGAACCGGGCUCUAGGUUAUGUCAGCAAUGAAGUUCCACACGUGACAAGGUAUAUUGAAAGAAGAAAAGAGAAUUUAAUAGUGACUUGCGUCGGCAGAUCUUUCCACACGUACGGAUGUACCCAUUUUACUUUACUCACAAUUUCUGGACUUCAUCCCGGCGACAUAACCUGCAUGUCUGGCGACAACUUUCACGUCUACACUGCAAGUGAAAACAAAAUUUUCGCGUGGCGCCGAGGUACCGAAUUGAAGCACACUUACUCAGGUCAUGCAUCUCUCAUCCACAAUUUGCUUCCCUUUGGCCCACACUUAUUGUCCGUCGAUGAAGACAGUAAUGUGAGAGUCUGGGACAUAAAAUCGGAAGAGUCGGUGGUUGAGCUAAACUUUAGCAACAGCGUUUUUAAGAUCACGAAAAUGAUGCACCCGGCUACUUAUAUGAACAAAAUCCUUUUUGGAAGUGAGCAGGGACAAAUGCAGUUAUGGAAUAUCAAAACUGUUAAAAUGAUCUAUACUUUUAAGGGAUGGGAUUCAAUGAUUAGUGCUUUGGAGCAAGCACCAGCUCUUCAUGUUGUAGCGGUUGGAUUAGCGAACGGUAGGAUUAUUAUGCACAAUUUGGAAGUUGACGAGACAGUUUUUGAAUUGGUACAAGACUGGGGAUUGGUGACUAGCAUAACUUUCCGAACUGACGGUAACGAAAUAAUGGCAACCGGAAGUUUACCAGGACACGUCGUCUUGUGGGAUUUGAAUAAAAGGAAGGUGGAGAGCCAGAUAUUGAAUGCUCACAGUGGAGCUGUAACAGGAUUAAAUUGCCUGCCAAAUGAACCACUGAUUGUCUCGACAUCUCCCGACAAUUCCCUGAAGUUAUGGAUUUUCGAUCAAGCCGACGGAGCCGCGAGAUUGUUGCGGAUUCGCGAGGGAUUCGCGAAACCUCCAACUUUUCUCCGCUUCUACGGAACCGAUGGAGAUAAUAUUUUAACAUCCGGCGAAGAUUCCUCGAUGAGGAUUUUCAAUACCGAAACGGAGACUUUUAACAAAAGUCUCGGACGGGCCUCGUAUCACAGAAAAUCAUCCAAGAGAAAGGGUUUAAGUGUCGAGGAUCCUCUGAUAAUGCCUUAUAUCAGAGAAUUUGCCGCUGAGCGAACAAGGGAAAAAGAAUGGGACAAUAUAGUUGCUGUUCAUCAUGAAACGGGAGUUGUCACAACCUGGUCUUAUCAGAAAAUCAAGAUGGGAGAACACAAGUUGUUGCCGGAAAAGAUUAAGCAUAAUCAUACUGUUUGUGCGACUUGUGUUUGCAUGACACAGUGUGGAAAUUUUGUAUUGAUCGGAUAUAAUAAUGGAAGUGUUGAGAGGUUUAAUAUUCAGUCCGGAAUUCACAGAGCAACUUAUGGCGAGAGUGGAGCACAUAAUGGACCGGUUAGAGGAAUCACGGUCGAUCCUCUCAAUCAAAUUGUGGUUACUGCCGGCAAAGAUACGAUGCUCAAAUUCUGGACAUUCAAACCACUCAAAGAACCGAGGACGCAGAUAACGUUGAACGAACCUGUCGAAUUUUUGCGAACACACAGAGACAACUCUCUUAUCGCUCUAGCUUUGCAGGAUUUCAGCGUAGUCUUGGUAGAUUUGGAUACCAGACGAUUGGUUCGUAAAUUCGAAGGUCAUACAAAUGUCUUGACUGAUGCGACCUUCAGUCCUGACGCAAGGUGGCUGGUCACAGCAUCAAGGGACUGUACAAUACGUACUUGGGACGUUCCUUCUGCCCAUCUAAUAGAUAUUUUCCAGGUGCCGAAAGCCUGCAUUAGUCUGGAUUUUGCCCCGACCAGUCAGUUUCUCGCGACGACGCAUGUUGACAAUCUGGGUAUCUAUUUGUGGGUGAAUCGCACGCUCUUCAGCCACGUUUCGCUCAAAUCGAUUCGUCCCGACGCACCAAUACCUGUCGUAUCGCUACCAGGAUCUGACGCGGAUCGUGCCGAAGACUCUUCUAAAGAGGAAGAGGAGGAAGAGGAGGAGGAGGAGGAGGAAGAAUAUAAAUCGCCGGAUCAACUCAGUGAAGAUUUGAUCACUACCUCUUCUCUCGCGAAUUCGAGAUGGCAGAAUUUGUUGGACAUCGACAUCGUGAAGAAGAGGAACAAACCGAAGGAAGCGCCGAAAGCGCCGGAAGCCGCUCCCUUCUUUUUGCCCACAAUUCCCUCUCUCGAGCCGCAAUUCGAUUUCUCUGGCGUGAAAAUUGCCGAAGGUGCAAGUAAAUUCGAGAUGCACGCGGAUUUCCAGAAUCUGAGUGUUUUUUCGAAAAUGUUGCUCGUUUCAAUCCAUACUAACGAUUUCUCGGAAGCGAUUGAGAAAUUAAAAUCCCUGGGACCGAGUGCGAUCGAUUUUGAAGUCCAAUCUCUCUCUCACGAUGCAAAUUGUUCUGUGGAAUUGAUGUUGCAGUAUAUGAAGAUGAUUCGGAGUAUGCUCGAGAGUAAUAAGGAUUUUGAACUUGCGCAGGCUUAUUUGGCGAUAUUCUUGAAAACGCAUGGCAAAGCGAUUACGGAGGAGAAGAGACUGGGUGAUUAUAUGGAAGAACUGCAAGCGAUACAGAAGGAAACUUGGACGAAGUUGAGCGACAAGUUGUUUUACAUACUUAGUGUGGUACAACAUUUGAAGAAAUCGUAAGAAACUGAGAAUUUGUUUGCAAGUUGUAUAUAUGUUAAUAUUAAAAUCAAUUUUUAAUAAAAAUGACUUUACUCU